GUAAUUCCUAAUGGCUGUUACAGUCGCUCACAUGCAGCAACCAGCCUUCUGACAUUCUCGGCCCGAAAUAAAGAGCAACGGUGUCCACACGAUCCCUCUAUGCAAGCCAGUAGGGGAGACUUUGGCCAGCAUUAAAUAGUUUGUGAUCGCUCAUGAUGAGGAUAGCUGUGAUUGGUCAGAGUGUUUUUGGCCUGGAGGUGUACAAGGAGUUGAGGAAGGAGGGCCACACCAUCGUUGGAGUGUUCACUAUACCUGACAAGGAUGGCAAAGCCGACCCUCUAGGCGCGGAGGCUGAGAAGGAUGGCGUGAACGUCUUCAAGUUCCCACGCUGGCGCCUGAAGGGGAAAGGCAUCCCGGAGGUGGUGCAGGUCUACAAGGCCACAGGGGCCGAGCUCAACGUCAUGCCCUUCUGCUCCCAAUUCAUCCCCAUGGAGGUCAUCGACCACCCGGCUCACGGUUCCAUCAUCUACCACCCCUCCCUGCUGCCCCGACACAGGGGGGCCUCCGCCAUCAACUGGACCUUGAUCCACGGGGACAAGAAAGGUGGGUUCACAGUGUUCUGGGCGGAUGACGGACUCGACACUGGACCAAUCCUGCUGCAGAGGGAGUGUGAUGUGGAGCCUGAUGACACUGUCAACACCAUCUACAAGAGGUUCCUCUUCCCUGAGGGAGUGAAAGGCACAGUGGAUGCAGUGAGGCUGAUCGCAGCAGGGAAUGCCCCAAAGAUCGUCCAGCCAGAGGAGGGAGCCACCUAUGAGGGGAUUCAGAAGAAAGACAAUGCCAAGAUUGACUGGAACCAGUCUGCACAGGUCCUACACAACUGGAUCAGAGGAAAUGACAAAGUGCCUGGAGCCUGGGCAGAGGUUAAUGGACAGAAGGUGACGUUCUACGGUUCCUCUCUGCUAGACAGUGGUGCCACUGCUAUUGGUCAGCCCCUGGAGAUCCCUGGUGCCAGUCAACCCGGUCUGGUCUCUAAGGCGGGCCUGAUGCUGUUUGGCAACGACGGCAAAGCGUUGCUAGUGAAGAACCUGCAGUUUGAGGAUGGGAAGAUGAUCGCGGCGGCAAGGUACUUCAGCUCUGGGAGCUGCGCUUCUGUGGAGCUCACUGAGGAGGAGAAGGCCUUUGCUGAGCAAAUGAGGGGUGUGUGGAAGAGCAUCUUGACUAAUGUGGAUGCUAUCGAGGACUCCACUGACUUCUUCAAGUCUGGGGCUGCUUCUAUGGACGUGGUCAGGCUGGUAGAGGAGGUGAAGCUGAGGGCCAGUGGGUGUCAGCUGCAGAAUGAGGACGUGUACAUGAACACCACCUUCCAGGACUUCAUCCAGAAGUGUGUGAGGAAGCUCCGAGGGGAGGACGACGAGGAGGAGCUGGUCGUUGACUACGUGGAGAAGAACAUCAACAACAUGACCAUCCGGAUGCCCCACCAACUCUUCGUGAACGGGGAGUUUGUGGACGCAGAGGGAGGGAAGACGUACAAGACCAUCAACCCCACAGAUGGAACAGCUAUCUGUGAUGUGUCUUUAGCUCAAGCCAGUGACGUGGACCGAGCUGUAGCGGCCGCCAAGGAGGCGUUCGAGGAGGGAGAGUGGGGAAAGAUAAACCCCAGAGACAGAGGCAGACUCCUAUAUAAGCUGGCUGACCUGAUGGAGGAGCACCAAGAGGAGUUAGCCACCAUAGAGUCCAUGGACUCUGGGGCCGUAUACACACUGGCCCUGAAGACCCAUGUGGGCAUGUCCAUCCAGACCUUCCGCUACUUCGCUGGCUGGUGUGACAAGAUCCAGGGCUGCACCAUCCCCAUCAACCAGGCCCGACCCAAUCGCAACCUUACCUUCACCAAGAAAGAACCAAUCGGAGUGUGUGCUAUCGUAAUUCCCUGGAACUACCCUCUCAUGAUGUUGGCCUGGAAAACAGCUGCCUGUCUGGCUGCUGGUAACACUGUGGUCCUCAAACCUGCCCAAGUGACUCCACUGACAGCGAUGAAGUUUGCUGAAUUGGCUGCGAGGGCAGGAUUCCCCAAGGGAGUGAUCAAUAUCCUCCCUGGAUCAGGUGCUCUGGUGGGCCAGCGUCUGUCCGACCACCCGGACGUCCGGAAGCUUGGCUUUACUGGCUCCACUGAGAUAGGGAAACACAUCAUGAAGAGCUGUGCAGUCAGUAAUGUGAAGAAGGUGUCCCUAGAACUGGGGGGUAAAUCUCCACUCAUCAUCUUCAGUGACUGUGACAUGGACAAGGCCGUCCGCAUGGGAAUGAGUGCUGUAUUCUUCAACAAGGGAGAGAACUGCAUUGCAGCAGGCAGACUCUUUGUGGAAGAGAACAUCCAUGACCAGUAUGUCAAGAGAGUGGUGGAGGAGGUUAAGAAGAUGAAGAUUGGAGAUCCUCUGGACCGCUCCACAGACCACGGACCCCAGAACCACAAGGCCCACUUGGACAAGCUGGUGGAGUACUGCCAGACAGGCGUGAGGGAAGGCGCCACUCUGGUGUGUGGGGGCAAACAGGUCUCCCGCCCAGGAUUCUUCUUUGAGCCCACCAUCUUCACCGAUGUUCAGGACCACAUGUUCAUUGCUAUAGAGGAGUCGUUUGGCCCUGUCAUGAUCCUCUCCAAAUUCAAGAGCGGGGAUGUGGACGAGGUUCUUCAGAGGGCCAAUGCCACUGAGUAUGGUCUGGCAUCAGGAGUGUUCACCCGUGACAUCAGCAAGGCGCUGUAUGUCAGCGAGAAGCUCAACGCCGGCACCGUCUUUGUCAACACCUACAACAAGACGGACGUGGCUGCUCCCUUCGGCGGAUUCAAGCAGUCCGGCUUUGGCAAAGACCUGGGACAAGAGGCUCUUAACGAAUACCUGAAGACCAAGACUGUCACUGUAGAGUACUAAAUAUACAGCUCUGGAAAAAAUGAAGAGACCACUACAAAAUAAUCAGUUUCUCUGGUUUGACUAUUUAUAGCUAUGUUUUUGGUUAAAAUGAACAUUUUUGUUUUAUUCUAUAAACUACUGACAACAUUUCUCCCAAAUUCCAAAUAAAAAUGUUGUAAUUUAAGAGCAUUUAUUUGCAGAAAAUGUGAAUGAUCAAAAUAACAAAAAGAUGCAGUGUUGUCAGACCUUGAAUAAUGCAAAGAAAAUAAGUUCAUAUUCAUUUUUAAACAACAUAAUAUUGUUUUAACUUAGGAAGAGUUCAGAAAUCAAUAUUUGGUGGAAUAACCCUGAUUGUCAAUCAGACUGAUCCUCCACCAAAUUUCACAGUGGUUGUGCGACAGAGCAUGCCAAGCCGCAUGAAAGCUGUAAAACCAGAGACAUUGAUCAUUUUGCAGUGGUCUGUUAAUUUUUUCCAGAGUUAUAGAGAGAUGUGUGGUAGCUACCCACUGGGCACAGACGUCAGUUCAACAUCUAGUUUUGAUUUUACAUUUGGUUGAGUUGUCAACUAACACAAAUUCAACCCAAGAAAUUCACCAUGUCAUUGGAUUUAGGUUAAAAGUUUGGUAAAAAAAUCAAAUUAGUUUUUCUGUUGUUUCAACGUUAUCACAUUAUUCUAUAUUUUUUUAAAUGGCUUGGAAACAAUGUUGAUUCCAAACAGUUUUUGCCCAGUGGGUUUUCUCUCUUUAUAAUCAGACCAUAUGUCACUAAGCAAAUUCCUGAACUAAAUGUGAAUGACAGACGAGGCAGAAAGGAAACCUAAUACCUCCACAUGCCCUGAUGAACAAUUUUACUUGUAAUUCAGUCUUUCUGAAAUGUGAUUAACCCUCUAAUAUUUCUUAGUGCUGUUUAGCACAAUUACUUAUGAAAUUGAAUAUUUUUAUGGAUGAGAAAUACAAUGUGAAAUGAUUUCCCCCUCUUAGAAAUAAGAAAUAUGUUGUUAUGUUUUAGCAGUGGUCAACACUGGUAAAUCUACUAACAAUAUUUGAAAUUGUCUACACCAGUGGUUCCCAAAGUUUUAUAGUCUUGUACCCCUUCAAACAUUGUACACCCUCUAGCACCCGGCUCAACGCACUCUCAAAUGUUGUUUUUUGCCACCAUUGUAAGCCUGCCACACACACACUACAAUACAUUCAACAUAAGAAUGAGUGUGUACUUUGUCACAACCCGGCUUGUGGAAAGUGACAAAAGACCUCUUACAGGACCAGGGCACAAAUAAUAAUAUAAUAGUCAAUCAUUUUGCUCUUUAUGUAACCAUUUUACAUAUAAAACUCUAUUUGUUCAUUGAAAAUGGUGAAUAACUCACCACAGGUUAAUGAGAAGGGUGUGCUUGAAAGGAUGCACAUAACUCUGCAAUGUUGGGUUGUAUUGGAGAGAGUCUGUCUUAAAUCAUAUCCCACACACAGUCUGUGCCUGUAUUUUGUUUUCAUGCUAGUGAGGGCUGAGAAUCCACUCUCACACAGGUACGUGGUUGCAAAGGGCAUCAGUGUCUUAACAGCGCAAUAUACCAAUGCAGGAUAGUCUGAGCGCAGCCCAAUCCAGAAAUCUGGCAGUGGCUUCUGAUUAAAUUAAAUUCUCACCGAACCUUGUUGCAAUUUUGAUGAGGCUCUAUCAUUCAGAUAUCUGUAAGUGGACUGGAGGCAGGGCAUGAAAGGGAUAACGAAUCUAGUUGUGUCAUCCGUUUCGGAAAAGUAUGUGCUUAAUUGCAUACCCAACUCACUCAGGUGCUUCGCUAUAUCACAUUUGACAUUGUAUGUAAGCUUGAGUUUAAAAAAACAUCACCCAGAUAGGCCAGUCAUGUGAGAAACUUGUUAUUAUGCAAGUGCUCAGACAAGUGAAAAUUAUGGUCAGUAAAGAAAAGUUUAAACUCGUCUCUCAUUUAAAAAAAAACUUUCUAUACUUUGCCCCUUGCUAACCAGCGCACUUCUGUAUGUUGUAAAAGCAUUACAUGGUCACUGCCCAUAUGAUUGCAUAGUGCAGAAAAUACACGAGAGUUCAGGGGCCUUGCUUUAAGAAAGUUAACCAUUUUCACUGUAGUGUCCAAAAUGUCUUUUAAGUUGUCAGGCAUUCCCUUGGCAGCAAGAGCCUCUCGGUGGAUGCUGCACGGUACUCAAGUGGCAUCGGGAGAAACUGCUUGCAUGCGUAUUUACCACUCCACUAUGUCUCCCUGUCAUGGCUUUUGCACCAUCAGUACAGAUAUCAACAUGAGCAGCAACUACGUUUGGCUACAUACGGACCGUUAGUGAAAUUCCAGCAAGAGAGUAACGGUUAAUGUGAUUGGAUGUUCAUUAUUUGACUAGGCUACCUGUAUUUGACAUUGUGUUGUUAUUUCGCUGAACACUAGAUGGUUUCAUUUAAUUUUGGGCAGUGAAACAAGGCAACUCAGACGAUUAAAAAAAGCUCACCCAAAUGUAUAGCCCUGUUGGAAAAUAUAAAUCGACUGUUUGAAAAUGUGGAGAGAAAAAAAGUAAAAUGUUUAUUUUUUUAUUUUAUUAAUGUUGAUCACAUUUUUAUUUGACGUACCCCCGACGGCAUUGAACCCCAGUUUGGGAAUACCUGGUCUACACAAUAUAUGUGUUGUGUUCAUGGACAAUACUGGAUGACAAUUUAAUAGAACUUUAUGAAUGAUGAUCUCCAUGUCAGAGCUUGAACAAGCACCUUUUUACUAGUUUUCCUGAUUCAUUAAAAUCACAAAGGUUUAUACAGUAA